AUGGAGUCAACACCUCUUGUCAUCAAUACUUUCAGGGAGCGCAAUCUCCCGAUCGAUCGAAAUAAGGUCUUGUCAGUCUUCAGUAAUGCGGCAGGCGCUGCAGCUCAUGCCAAGUGGGUGACGGAGCAUAUCACCAGCGAGUUACUAUUGUCACAAGAAGAGUUUACAUUACAUUCUGCUCUCGAGGAAUCGAAUGUCCUGAGCAAACUACUCAAUAAUCGAAGUACGCGCACAACUCGGCCAAUUCUCGAAGAAGAACUUCAGCAAGCGAUCGAUUCACUUAACGCUUCUACGACCGCAAUCCUACGGCAGAAGAAGAUAUUCUCUUCAAUAUGCGAAACUAUGAACAGACAGCUUCAUCAGAAGGAAAAAAGAGAGCUCGGGUUCAAGAGGGAUGCAGAAAGAUUGCGUUUGAAGACUCUAUCCGGGAGGCAGACUGCUACAGCCGUAUUUCUUGAAACCUCUCUUGAGCUGGAACUCGACGUCAAAUCGGAAUUGGAGAAGGUAGCAACAGAAGGGAGAGAAUUACUCUCUUCUCUGACUACUCGAUUGAAGGACGAUGAAAAAACCCUCGCACACCUUGAAAGAGUUGCCCACGGGCUUGAGUAUGUUGGGAACGAUGUUUCUAUUUCCAGGCAGGCUACGGAUCUGGGUGUACAUCAUGCUCAGUAUGUCGCAGGAAAGAUACGGCACCGUCUUGACCGCCUAUACUUGGAAACUGUACAGAAGGUCCAUGGGGUGAUGCAGGACAAGACAACACAGGCAGACUCUGAUGUAUCGGAAGCCCUCGAAGAAGAGCUGGGGUCAUUGUACUCUGAGAUUGGCAUCCUCGCAGAAUUGUCUACUAGACAGCAACUUGUCGAUCCCAUACAUCGCGAAAUGCAAUCGCACCACGGUGCGCUAUGUGCAUCCUCGAAUCAGAAACUGCACCUUCUCGGAGGCAUUCUUUCGCAGAUGGUAUUGACAACGAGAGAGUGUACCAAAGGAUUACAGGAGCAGGAUUCGUCUUGCGGGACACUUGAAGCCUUUACUGCUGCAUAUAAGACUGAAAUAGGCGAGCUGCUUCUGGUCUCAUCUGCUCCAAAGCUGAGGACAUUGAAGACCCAAGUCGCACUGGCAGCGUCUCUAAAUAUUCCUUCAAGAAGCCAUCGUGUCCCGCUCUCCGAGGUCCAAGCUCUCGCAGGUCUGAUACGCAGAAUGGGCUUAACCCUGGACAACCUAUCACUCGAAGCAAGAGGUGGGCCCUUGAAAUGUUUGCAGGAAAAGAGACGCAAUCUCGUAGAGUCUUCGAAAGGUUAUGGCUUGGCUGCAGAUUCGCCACUGAAAGCGGCUUUGUUUCCUACCGAUUCGGCAAUCCAAUUUCUUCUGCCUCGACUCCAAACCAGUUCGGGUUCCAAGGCGUCACUCUCCAAUAUUGACCAUAAGCUCCUGAUUUCUGAACUUGAAGCUGAACUAGAACGUAUUCAGGAAAGGGUGAAGAGACUGAAGCCUGAUAGGCUUUCUGAACGCGAUUCAUGCCUGCAAAAUUUCUUGAAGAGAUGGGAAGGACAGGUAUCUCAUAUCUAA